ACAGAUCCAAUUAUACAUUUGUGAAGUGAGAACUGAGAAGUGAAUCUCUCUACCGGCCGGGAAAGAAGAUGUCGUCGCCGUCAGCUUCUGAAAUUGUUGCGAAACUGAACCUGAAACCCCAUCCAGAAGGUGGUUUUUACUCUGAGACCUUCAGGGAUGCUUCCGUAGUCCUCUCUAAAUCUAUCCUUCCCUCCCGAUACAAGGUUGAUCGCCCUAUAAGCACAUCCAUCUAUUUCUUAGUUCCUUCUGGAAGCUUUUCACAUCUUCAUCGUAUUCCAUCUGCCGAAACUUGGCAUUUCUACAUGGGAGAACCUCUUAUGGUUGUGGAAUUGAAUGAAGAAGAUGGAAGCUUGAAGCUGACAUGCUUAGGUUCAAAUCCUCUCAUAGACAAUCAACAACUUCAAUAUACAGUUCCACCAAAUGUCUGGUUUGGUUGUUUCCCAUUGCUGGAUUUCAACCUCUCAGAUGACAAUAAGUUAGUUGUCAAAAAUCCACCAAGAGGGAAUGAUGAUGAUGAUAGCCAUUUCUCUUUGGUAGGCUGCACUUGUGCACCCGCCUUUCAAUUUGACGAUUUUGAGAUGGCUAAACGUUCAUACCUCGUUUCUCAUUUCCCACAACACGAAUCACUAAUCGGUUUUCUCACUUUGGAUGAUUGAAUGAGAUUGAUGAGAUGGAUGUUUCAUGUUUGUAUUUACAUUAGUAUCAUGUUGUUAUAAUCUGACAAUUUUAUCUAUCUUUUCCUUUACCAAUAAUAAUAAAAUGCCAAGCUUUUCAGACUCA